GGGGCGGCGCCGGGUUUCCCGCGGUCCCGGUUCGGCCUAAGCGGCGGGGAAGCGCUCUUAAAGGGCCAGCCCUCUCGCGUCCUUCUGUUCCGGGACCGCAGGGCGGGACAGACCCAACUUUCGCCGUGUUCUGAUCUGCCCUCCCGAACGGCCAUGAUUUCCCAGUUCUUCAUUCUGUCCUCCAAGGGGGACCCGCUCAUCUACAAGGACUUCCGUGGAGACAGCGGCGGCCGGGAUGUGGCCGAGCUCUUCUACCGGAAGCUGACGGGCUUGCCGGGAGACGAGUCCCCGGUUGUCAUGCACCACGAUGGCCGGCAUUUCAUCCACAUCAGACACAGCGGCCUCUACUUGGUGGCCACGACUUGGGCAAAUAUUUCUCCCUUCAGCCUCCUCGAGCUGCUGUCCCGGGUAGCCACUCUCCUGGGCGACUACUGCGGCUCCCUCUGCGAGGCGACCAUCUCCCGUAACGUGGCCCUGGUCUACGAGCUCCUGGAUGAGGUGCUGGACUAUGGCUAUGUUCAGACCACGGCCACAGAGAUGCUGAGGAACUUCAUCCAGACAGAGGCUGUGGUCAGCAAGCCCUUCAGCCUCUUCGACCUCAGCAGUGUUGGCUUGUUUGGUGCGGAGACCCAACAGAGCAAAGUGGCUCCCAGCAGUGCCGCCAGCCGCCCUGUCCUGUCCAGCCGCUCCGACCAGAGCCAGAAGAAUGAAGUUUUCCUGGACGUGGUUGAGAGAUUAUCUGUACUGAUAGCAUCUAAUGGCUCCCUGUUGAAGGUGGAUGUGCAGGGAGAGAUCCGGCUCAAGAGCUUCCUGCCCAGUGGCUCGGAGAUGCGCAUCGGCUUGACCGAGGAGUUCUGUGUGGGGAAGUCAGAAUUGAGAGGUUACGGGCCAGGAAUUCGCGUGGAUGAAGUCUCAUUUCACAGCUCGGUACAGCUGGACGAGUUUGAAUCUCAUCGGAUCCUCCGCCUGCAGCCUCCUCAGGGCGAGCUGACGGUGAUGCGGUACCAACUCUCCGAUGACCUCCCCUCCCCACUUCCCUUCCGGCUCUUUCCCUCUGUGCAGUGGGACCGAGGCUCAGGCCGGCUCCAGGUUUACCUGAAGUUGCGAUGUGACCUGCCCCCAAAGAGCCAAGCUCUCAACGUCAGGCUGCACCUCCCCCUGCCGCGAGGGGUGGUCAGCCUGUCUCAGGAGCUGAGCAGCCCAGAACAGAAGGCAGAGCUGGGGGAGGGAGCCCUUCACUGGGACCUGCCUCGAGUGCAAGGAGGCUCUCAACUGUCAGGCCUCUUCCAGAUGGAUGUCCCCAGCCUCCCGGGGCCUCCCGGCCAUGGGACUCCCACUUCGGCUUCUCCUCUGGGGCUGGGCCCUGCGAGCCUCUCCUUCGAACUCCCCCGGCACACGUGCUCUGGCCUCCAGGUCCGCUUCCUCAGACUGUCCUGCAGGCCGUGUGGUAACACCAACCCCCACAAGUGGGUGCGACACCUGAGCCACAGCAGCGCCUAUGUCAUUCGGAUCUGAAGCUGGGUCUCGAAACAAGGACAGAGGCAGCAGGCGCUUAAGUGGGAAAAGGACAAUUAUCUUCUUUUCUGGCCUCCUGGUCUGGGGCUCUGGAUGUGAGCAGGAAGUCUGGAGAAACCAGGAGGGCUCGAGAGACCGGCCCCCUUCCAUGGGAGCCGAUGCAGGGAGAACUUGGGGAAAUCAGUGCUUACAAAUCAAACUUUUAUUCUGGGAAAUGGCUGUGUAAUCUAAAAAGAAAGUCACGUGGGGGAAGCAGCCUGCUCCAUCCUUCCACUUGGCACACGUGCAGGUCAGCAGAUGGGGGGCACUGUCAUGGAGCAGGCUGAGGGGAGCCUGAGCCGGAAGGCUGGGAGCCAUUAGCCUUUGGAGUUCCUGGGGCUGGAGGGGGGCUGUCCCCCGCUUCCUGUUUCCCCCCACAGAGGGCACUGCCCCCAAGGGGGGAUGGGGAAGAUGAUGGGGGAGGGACGGGAGAAGGGUGGGAGGCAGGGCCCCCCUUGCCCUCCCCUGUGGGGGGAAGUGAGACCACAAUGUACUUCUGGACACUGCCCGGACCAGAGGGGGCAGUGCUGGGGGGUGCGGUGGUGGCGGUGGAGACCAGCUUGACAAUGGGCUGCACGCUGGGGACCGUGGUGGUGACAGGAGAGGUAGUGGUGGAGCCUGAGCCGGGGGCUGAGGUGCUGAGGGACAGGACCUGGGGAGACAGGACAGCAGUGUCCACCGACUGCCCCAUGCUCUUGGCUCUCCUCAGGGGCCUGCAGGUGCUCUCCCAGGCACGGUUCAUGUCUCCAGACCCCUACCAGGCGGGGGGAACAACCAGCCCAUGGGGCGGAUAAAGCCUGUGAGAGCCACAGGCAGGACUCGAAACCCAAUAAAUCUAUACCAGGGGAA